AGAGAAGGAGGAAAGGAAGGAAAAAUAAGAAGAAGAAGAAGAAGCAUACAUGUCUCCCAAACUUACUGUGAGGCCGCGCGGUGAUCGGCGGUCGGAAAUGUUGAUGCUAAAUAAAACUCCUAGCUGCUUGGGAAACUGCCACGCGCUCUAAUUUGCGCAAAAGCACGGCCGGCUGUGGACGUGGUAGCCCGGGAUCUGCCACGUCUGAGAAAGUGUAUUCGAUAGUUCUUCGAGCAUCUCAAGAUCAUUAUUGUGCUGUUCGUUUGAUCAACGUGGAAAGGAAGGAAAAUUGUAAAGAGAUUGAGGAUAAAAAGAAGAAUAAAGAAAAAAAGUAGAAUAUCGAUAAGAAUCAAAGGAUAACAAUAGAAAUUCGAUCUCGCCGAAUUAGUGGUUAAAAACCCCCACCCCACCCACCCGCAUAAUCUGAUUUUCAUUUCACAUGUGAACGGUGGCCAUAUCAUGGCUCUCGCCCUUUUGGGCAAGUGCGUCACACGAUUGGCGCUGAUAUUACUUCUUUAUACUUGUUACAUAUACGCAUUCAGAAUACGCGAUGGAAGUGUCGUUCAUCCAUUUUCAUCUACGAUCGGUGAACACUCCCAACGUGCCACCUGUAUCGGAUCCAAGUUCGGUAAGUGCCCAGAGAAAACGGUGACGACGAGCAGUGCAACGGUGACGUCUUCCUCACGAAGAUGGCACACGGCCACGUCUUCGCAGGUUUCUUCGAUUGGUAAAAAACCACCUGUCGAAAUGAUUUCCUCUAACCUUGAGGGGGACACAAAUGUUCAGAAAAUUGGGUCGAGGUUGAUAAGUACUCAGCAUGCGGAUAAAUCAUUACCUGGCUUUUCGGUCAGAAGAAAAGAAAAUAUUGUAGAUGAUAAGAUGGAUGAUGAUGAUGAUGAUGAUGAGGAUAGUGAUGAUGAGAAUGGUGAAAGCGAAGGUGAGGAAAGGAAUAAUAUUGAGGAUAUUAGUAACAAUGAUGAUGAUGAUGAUUAUGAUGAUGUUAUAGUAGAAGACGAGGAGGAAGAGGAGAUACAAGCUGAAGAUGAGGAUGAUGAAAGCGAAGAACUCAGCAAAGAUGAUCAAAGCGAGGACGACGAUGAUGUUAACGAAGAUGAUGAACAAUCCAAAAGUAUCGAACGAAAGGAAACGAAACGAGAAGCGGAAAUAAAAGACAAGGAAAAAGAUAAUUACGAUACCAUGAACGUUCUUGGUUGGAGUUUUAAAUAUAGUGCAGGUAGUGUUUCCAAAAGUCAAACUACCAAAGACAUUAAAGAAAUGAAAUAUGGAAAGGUUAUUGUUGAGGAUGAAGGUAAGGAAAAGAAAAUGAGUGGCAUUGUUAAAGAGAAAGAUGAUAAGAAAGAUAUUGUUAAAGAUAAUGUUCAAGUUGAAAAAGAAAGUUCUAUUGUACGAAAGCAACAGAAGAAAAUGCAAAGAAAAAAUUUGGGACAAGUUGAAGAGUCCGAUAAGACGGACGAUGGUAAAGAUAAAAAUGAUGAUAAGAACGAUAAUGAAGAUGGAUAUCAAUCAAAAGACACUCCUCCGAUAAUUAGAAAAUUAGAAAAAAUUAGACACGCUGAUAAAGACAUAGUUAGAUCGGUAGAACGUCCUGUUAGCAAAUCGGUAGAUAAAAUGAAAUUAGAAACGAAAACGCCAACUGAAAAAGGCAAAAAAGAAAUGCAACAGAUUAUAAAUAAAAUGAAGAUAGAAACGAAAACACCGAUAGAAAAAGUGAAGAAAGAAGUACAACAGAUUAUAGAGGAACCUAAAAAAAUAGAAACUCCUAAGCCAACAAAAACUGAACCAGCCGGUUCAGAGAAGGAAGUAAAGGAAACAAAAUCUACCAAAGUAACGAAAAUCAAAGUAGAAGAGAAAAAAGUAAAGAAGAGUGAAAGUAUUGAACCAACCAAAGAUAAAUCAGACGAAGAUAAGAAAACGAAGAAAACAGAAAUUGUAAAAGCUACGAAAACUGAACCCGAAUCAUCGAAACCUUCAUUGAAAUCGGAAGAAAAAAGGAAACCUAUUACAAAAACGGAAACACCGAAAGCCACUAAACAACCUACGAAAACUAAAAACGAAGUAGACAAAUCUAUUAAAGCAAAAGUAAAAAUAGAAGUUCCACAAACGGCGAGAAACGAGACGAAAUCGAAAACGAAGAAACUUAGAGACGCGACCGAAAGUUUAGCAGAUUUAAAUGAUAAGAUCUUAAGCGUACCAACCUUCGUGCCCAAUUUCACAGCCGUUGAGAACACGAACUGUCAACAACAUGGCAAGAUAUUCUUACGUCAACUGAGGGGCUACAAACUGUGGGCUUUUCAAAUGUUGGAUUCCAGCGCUAAGAUAUCAUCUAGUAUUUUACGUGGGAACGUCAAUCAACUAGGUGAUUUCGAUCAAUGUUUAGGUAUCAUGUCACAUGUCAAGAUGGGUAAUAGAACAAUCAAAAUUCAAGGAAAAUAUUGUCUUGCAAAUAUAGACAUACACGCGACACAAGCGGAAAUGAAAUUACCGGUUAAUUUGAUGCAAGCUCGUACAUUAUUCAAAUCAAAUAUGCGUGAUCCAGGACAUUUCGUACCUAAAUUUACGACGAUUAGAUGGGCUUUAUGCCUUCCAGCAGCGUGUACAGCUAAAGAUGCAGAAAUGACUUUAAUCAACGCAUUGAAUUAUUAUAAUUCAACGACUGGAAUUAAAUUCAUGGUCGGCGUCAAUCCUGACAUGUGUUACACGAAACAAAAGUCGCAAAAUUAUUCGAAAGAAACGAUCGGUGUACUAUACUUUUAUGCAGCUGUUAUUUGUCUGGCUAUCAUUGCAACUAUCAGAGAUUAUUGGAUAACCUCAGAAGGAAAAGGCAAUUAUUCUGAAAGAAUAAUAAUGUCAUUUUCUUUACGAAGAACUGUUAAAUCAUUGUUUAAAGAAAACAAACCCAAUGGUACAGAUGUUACAUGCGUUCAUGGAUUAAGAUCAGUUUUUAUGAUUUUUCUUUAUUUUGGUCAUCAAAUAAUACCAUUGGCCUCAACACCAUUUGUUAAUCGGACUUCUUUUACCGAGAUAACUAGCCAUCCAUUUACUUCAAUUCUGAGGACAUCUUCAAAUUACACGGAUGCCUUUUUACUUUUGAGCGGAUUUUUAACGUCUUACAACAUGGCGAAGGAAUUAACGUUCAGGGGAGAAAUUCGUUGGUUUUGUCGUCUUAUCGUCAGAUUCAUCAGACUGACACCUGCCUUAAUCGUGAUGAUAUUUUGGUAUGCUUUUGUGAUGGAGCAUAUCGGUUCCGGACCACAAUGGAACAGUAUUAUUGUAGGUAAUGCAGAACUCUGUAAAAAAAAUGCAUGGACCAAUUUACUUUACAUUCAGAAUUUCUUUCCGUUCGAAGAAAUGUGCGCAACUCAUACUCAUCAGUUAGCAUUAGAUAUGCAAUUAUCGCUAUUAGCACCAAUUUUAGUAUUCUUUCUUCAAUGUAAACCGAUUAUCGGUAUCAUUUUAUUAUUUUUCCUGAUACAAGUUUCAGCUACGCUUCGUUACAUAGCCACAGUUAACAAUUAUUUAAGUAUGGUCGUUUAUCACGGAGUUACGGUAAAAAACCUUUACAAAACUGCUAAUUUAAGUUACGCUUUACCAUUACACAGAGCAACACCUUACGCUCUUGGUGUAGGGCUUGGUGUGUUAUUACAUUACACAGGAAAAAACGUGAAAAUUCACAAGGUGUUCGUGAUCUUGGGAUGGUUGAUCGCGAUGACCUUUGGAACAUGGUCGAUAUUUUCUUCUUGGCGUUCAGCCAGAAGGGACUACGUGUAUGACGUUGAAGAAUCCACUUAUUACGUUGUGAUAGGUCCAGUCUUAUGGGCUUUAUCAUUGUGCUGGACAAUUUUUGCCUGUUUUACUGAUCACGGAGGAAUUGUAAACAAAUUUUUAUCGAAUUAUUGGUUAAUAGUAUUUAGUAGAAUAUCAUAUGCGGUUUAUUUGACACAAUUCGCAGUAUUUUUCUACAACCUUGGGACCACGAGAUAUACGACAGAAUUUUUAGCACAUAGACCUAUCGAUCUGAUUGAAGUACUCGUAGUGAUACUCGCGUCGAUUGUAGUAACUUUAUUGUUUGAUUUUCCAAUGCAAGAAGUAAAGACCGUCAUAAUGGAAAGUACAGAUAGUUUAAUCGUUAAUGUACCAAAAGAAAAACAGACAGAUGAAACGAAAGAAACAAAUGCAAAGGAAUCAGUUAAGAAAAUAGGAAACGGAUCAAAAGUAUUUAAGGACGACAAUUGGCAAAACGAAAAAAUUGAUAUAGGUAAGAAAUUAAAUAACAAAAAUAUAGAAGACAAAGAUAUUGUUAAUAUACCGCAUACAAGAAGAUCAGAUGAAAGAAGAAGAUCAUCUACGGGGUAUGACGACAAUGAAAUACGUAAUAGAAUAAGUAGAAGUAGUCAAAGAACACCGUACAUGUUUGAUUCCGAAGAAGAAGCUAUGGAAUAUUUUAGAAAAGAAGAAGAAACAAUAAGAAACAGACGUUCGAUUUCAAGAACGAAAGAAAUGAAAAGAUCGGUGCCAAUCGGAAGCGAGGAUGAUUAUAUUCGACGAAGAAACGAGGAAGAUUAUGUGAAUCAGUAUAGAAGAUCAAAAUCCAAAGAAAGAAUUUUUGCUAGAGAACUUGACGAUUAUCGUUCAUGGGAAUUUAUUAAUAAAGAACGUUCGGCAUCAACAGGUCCAGAUUCGAUGAGAUAUUUAAACGAGCCAGAAGAAUACGUUUCAAGAAUUUCACGACGUUCGUUACCGAGAUCUGUCGAUUCGAGAAGAACAUUUUCAUCGGAAAGUGAAGAUGAACCACCAAUUCAGCGUAAAUCGAAACACGAGCGAAGAUAUCCUUCGGUUGAACCAAAAGUAAGCGAUGAAGAAGAAUGGGAAGAAGAAUUGAGGAUACGAAGGCGUCAAUUUAUGGAAAAACUCGCUGGUCAGAAAAGUGAUUCAAUUGAGAAAGAAGGAGACAUAACGUCGUUAAGACGAAGAUCCUCAGCCGAAGGAAGAAUAGCUUUGUUGAAGGAUCCUUCAGGUAACGAAAAUAUGGAUGCUUGGACUGUAAGUGUUGGUCCUCGUAUAGCUCAACUUGGAUCCUCUCAGGAACCUAGCGAACCAGAAGAUGAUUCUUUUUAUCAUCAGCGUCGUGAAUAUCGUGAAAAGGCACCUCCGUUUAGAGAAACUCCUCAUACCGAAGAAAAAGAAUCCUCGGUCAAGGACGACAAAGAUGUUACCCAUUUCAAUUUUGUUCUUACCAAGGACAGUAAGAGAAAAUCUGUUCAAGAUCUUUCUGCGUUGUCUCAGGAUGAUUCAGAUUUGACGGAAUCUGAAUGGAGUCUUGUUAAAGAAGAGGGUGUAGAAACGUUACCAAAAUCGUCAUUAGGAUUAUAUAAACGAGAAUCAAUUAUCAAGAGUCAAGCCAGUGAAGAAGAUCCAGAAUAUUAUCUUCCGGAGAGACCGAAACUGGUCCAGCAAGAACAGGAACAUCCGUUCAAAAAAGCAUGGCAGAUGCAAAAGUCUCGAUCGGAAGAAGAUGCUUUAGCGUAUAUAGUUAAAGAUAAAAAAUUGAGCCAAUCUGAAACAACUAAAGACGAUGAAUCAUCGACGAGCAUGAAAGAUACGAGUGGUGAAAAGUCUGAAAGUUUAGAAGACACGGUUUCGGAAGAAACGGGAACAUCAUCAACCUGGCAGGACAGGAGCACUGAUACUGAAGAUAAUCCACAGAGUUCUAAAUCUGAAGCAGGGUCUGAUAUCGAUUCGAUUUCAGUAAGACAAUCACCCAACAUUGAUGUCGAUGAUAAUGGACCCUGUUCUAUUUCAGAAAAUAAUUCAGAUACUACUCAAUUCGUCUGGCCAACCGAGGACGAACAAUUUGAAACAUACAAGACGGGACCAAGAAGAAAAUCAAUGGAAACUAAUUGGGAUUGGGAAGAGGAAGAAACUUGACGAUAAGAUAAUCGCAGAAUUGUGCAAGGAUGAUUAAGUAAUCUUCAAGGAUGAUCAGAAAAGUUUUAAACGCGUUCAGAGUGAACUGCUAACGCAUUUCUGGAAAAAAGUCAGUUUAUCGGUGAUCGUAUAUGCACAUAUAAAUAAACAGAUAGCUAAGUUUA